GAUCAAGAGUUUAGGUUUUUCUCCAUUAUCAUGGAUUUCUUUAGUUAUUCUUAUGGCAAAAAUGGUUUGGAGAUUAGGUGACCCUUCAAACAAACCCACAUACCACUCCUUCACCGUCUUCUGACUUUUUCCCCUCUCCCAAAUCAACGUAACCACUACAGUCACUACUGGAAUUUAAAUUAGUACCUGUCAUUGCCGAGUCUUAAUUUCUAUUCGUCCUUCACCAACUCCAACAGUUGUUUAAGCCAUGAACAAUGAUAUAUUUUCAUUCUAAAAUAGCUAUUCUUCUAAUUCUAUAUAUUGGGUUCCUCCUUCAAUUCAAAACCCAUUCACACCUUUUCAGUAGAUUACCAUUUACCAUUCCACAUAGGUGAUUCUGUUCUCCAAUAUUGUAUUGUGUUAACCAGGGAAAUGGCAGUGCUGAGAGUCUUGCUACGUUUGGCUGCGGCAGUCAUGCUUAUCCCACUAUCCAUGGCAGUAAAUUACACGGUUGGAGGUCCAAAUGGAGGGUGGGAUACAUCCACCAGCCUUCAAUCUUGGGCCUCUUCUCAAUCAUUUUUAGUAGGUGACAUUCUGAUUUUCAAGUAUGCAGCAAGCCAUGAUGUGGUUGAAGUUUCAAAGGCUGACUACGAUUCUUGCCAGAUAACCAGUGCACUUCAGUCUUUCAGUGAUGGCAACACAGUCAUCCCUCUCUCUUCGCCAGGCAAGAGAUACUUCAUCUGUGGAACACCAGGACAUUGCAACCAAGGAAUGAAAGUCGAAAUAACCACCCUAGCAACAUCAGUGUCUCCUGCAACAUCACCAGCUGCUACCCCACUAAGUCCUGCUUCUCCACCAGCUUCCCCAGAAAUUCCCAGUUCUUCCCCAGCUCCAGAAAUUGGCCCUCCCUCCCCUGCACAAUUGCCAGAAUCUCCUCCAACAUUGUCGCCUACAUCUUCAUCUGAUUCACCUUUCAGCAGUCCUCAUGCACCUUCCUCUGAUAUUCCUUCAACAUCCUUUCCUCCAAGUGGUUCUUCACCACAGCUGUCUCCCUCAUCAGCUACCAAAUGUGGUUUCAAAACAACAAUCACAGUGGGGUUCAGCCUUGGGUUGCUGCUCCUUACGUGCCUUUAAGGAUCAAGUGUUCAUUCUUCAAGAACUGCUAUACCUUUGAGUUGUUUCUUUGAGCAAAUUUUCUUGUGAUGUCUUUCGUGUUUUCUGGUGUAUGAUGCAGCUGAGAAAUAGAUUCUUGACAGAAA